AUGAACCUCGAGCUCUGGCGCAACAGCCUUCCAGACAUCAUGAACUGGAAGGACGGACAAGAGAUUUCCGACGAUAUCAAUGCUGCUCGCAUGCGAGCAAAAUACUUUGGUGCUCGGUAUAUUAUCCAUCGCCCGCUCUUAUAUCGCGCUCUCCAUUUUGGCCGCGCUAGCACUCGCGUAUACCCAAUUGGCCAGGCCGCUUUUGACUCGCCCACGAGUUCAGCAACUACUUCUCAGACACAGAUGUCUCCAUCCGUCCCUACCGGCGGCCACCGAGCCUCCGGCAUGGCAAGGACACUGAGUGAUUUGGGCAGUGCCCCAAUGGCUACUACCUCUUUCCCCAAUGGCUUGACGCGUCCUGAGGUCAAGCUCGAUGAUCUACCAUCCAGAAUUCGGCGAGGCUGUGUCAUCUGUGUCGAAUCUGCCAUAAAGAGUACAGAGGCCUUCGGCGGCAUCAAGGAUCGACUUGUAGUCACCAAUAUCUUCGGCACAGCUCAUGCCCAAUUCGGAAACAUGCUCGUCCUGGCCGCAGUAUACCACUCCGGACUCGGAGAACUCGUCGAAGGCCCGAAGCUCAAGCGCCUCCUUCGCCGAACAAUCAAGUUCUUGAUCCGCAAUGCACACAUCUCGCCAACCCUCCGUGCCGAUGCGAAGAUUCUCACCGAAAUCUAUAAAACGACCUUCCCCGACGAGCCACUAGAUCUCUCAGAACACCCCAACAGGCAGCACCGAUGCCUUUAG